CGUGGCCUGAUGGGAGUUGCAGUCAGAUGGAUUCAGUACUUCCUGCUUUGACGAGGAAGACCAAGACAUUUCGACUGGUCGCUAAAAAGUAGUUUUCCUGUGGAGCCACAACCCCACGAAGAGACAGAAGCGAGCACACACUCAAAAUGUCUUUGAUGGAGCGUGGGGCCGUCCGGCCAAUUACGGCAGUGGCGUGGACCUCCAACACCAGCACCUGCCCCAAAGACUUCAUCAUGAUCAGCAUCACAGAAGACGGAUCAGCGGCGAACUUCACACGCAGCUUUGCGAUAAAGUCUGGAUAUUACCUCUGUUACAGCAAGGACUUGAUGGGUGGUAUGGUGGUUUCAGACAUUCAGCUUCUCUCAGACAAAGAUGCAAUUCCUCAUGGCUACUGCUUUAUCGCAGAGCACCUUGAAGCAAAGGCCUGCGUCUCUAAGAAGAAGCGGGUGUGCGUGCGUGUCGUCCCAGUCGGCAGCGUGGACACAGCUGUGCUGGACAUCAAACUGACAGCCAAAAGCAAAAUGAUGUUGCAGCAUUACACAUACGUGGGAGAAAUCAAUGGUUACGUGUUGUGGAGCAGAAAGGGACCUUUUUCUAACCCCAUGCCUCAAGCCAAACCACGCAGUGUGACCUUGGACAUCCGCAGAAUCUCCCUGGAUCAAACGUUUCCUCCUCUGCCCCUCAGACCCAGCAACCCCCCUCCACAGCCGCAUGGUAAAGUGAGUCAGAGACGUCACAACCUCCAAAUCAAGGACAACUUGGACAAACCUGCUGACAGCAGCCUCCAGGGAAUCACAGCUCUCGAUGGAGUUCCUUUCAGCCUGCACCCAAAGUUUGAUGCCCAAGCGAACGGGGCGGCUCUUCAGCUCAACUCUCAAUUAAACAACAUUCGUAUAAAGUCUCUCCAAGACAUUGAAAAUGAGUAUAACUACACAUUUGCUGUGGAGGAAAUUGCUGCCAAGAGGACCAGACCAUCUCUGCCAGCAGGAGGCGUCACAUCAGAUCAGUGAUCGUUGCACUUACAAUAUCAGGGUUUCAUGUUUUACUCUGUCCAAAUGAUUUUUUUAGGAUGACAUCUCAUUGUGGUAGAUGGUACAGAUGAAGGAUUAUCAUACCUACAUUUAGAUUAAUAAUAUUAGGCUUUAAAGAUCAUAAUUUAUCAUAACGGAGCCAGUUGAAGGGUCAUUGAAGGGCACUACUAUUCUGAAUGACACAGUCAGUUGAUCAUUUCAGGUCAUGCUUUUUUUUUUUUUCAUCUUUCAUGAAAGGAAACGCCUGUUUAAAAGAGAUUAUACGUGUCAUCAUACCGUCUGAACACAUGUUCAACUGUUUACCUUUUGUAAGAAUGCAGCCUUUAUAGAUGUUAUGGGGUUUCUUAUGUAAUGUAUCUAUGAACCUGUAGAGUAUCUGCUGUGUACCUGCUGCUCAUCUUCACUUUUACUAAUGUAAUUAUCGAAAAAUGAGAAUUGUUACAAAUGAAGAAUGCACUUGCCAUUUAUUUAAGAUGUGUUCUCCUGCUCUGUUGUGAAUGUUGCCUGCGACGCAUCUUGAAUUUGUUCGAUUCUUAACUAUUUCCUGACGUGGAGCUGUAACACUGUCAGUGCUUUGUGGAUGAGCUCUGCUGCAUCUGAUAAUCUGCAGAUAGACUAACAUAUCUAAAUGUAGGAUGUAGUGCAUUUCUUGUAUGAGGAGUAGCCUAUUAUCAGGCUUGUAGUAUUUCAAAAAAAUAUCCUAUUUUAAAGGUGUAAGGAGGAAAGUUAUAUAUGUUACACUUUGUGUUUGUCAUACUAAAAGAUAUGUGGAGAAAAGGGGAGAGUAUCGUUUUUAUAAAUGUGGGCGGGAUUAAGGGCCAAAUAUUUGUAUAUCUCCUUGUAUAAUCUAUAAUAUAUAUAUUUUUUUGUUUUUAUUACGGUGUUGUAAAGUUUUAUUGCAUGGGGAAAAAAUAAAAACCUAUGAAACCCUA